AUGCAGAGCCUCGGCAAGGAAAACCACAGCUGUGUGUCCGAGUUCAUCCUCCUCGGCUUCUCCAGUGAGACGCAGGUCGGAAUGGCCAUGUUUGCCCUCUUCCUACUCCUCUACCUCACCAUCCUUGUGGGCAACGGACUCAUCGUCAUGCUGAUCUACCUGGACUCACACCUCCACACGCCCAUGUGCCUUUUUCUCAGCGUCCUCUCUCUGGUGGACAUGAGCUAUGUCACUACCACUGUGCCCCAGAUGUUGGUUAAUAUGGUGUGUCCACAGAGGACCAUCUCCUGGGGAGCUUGUGCAGCCCAGAUGUUCAUCUUCUUGGUCCUGGGCAUUGCUGAGUGUGUCCUCUAUGCCAUUAUGGCCUAUGACAGGUACGUUGCCAUUUGCUUUCCCCUUCACUAUAUGCUACUCAUGACCCGUUCCAUUUGUGUCAAGAUGGUCAUUGUCUGUUGGUCCAUUAGCAUAGCUGGGGCCCUGAUCUACACUGUCUUCACCAUGCAUCUGCCUUAUUGUGGCCCCUACAAGAUAAACCACUUCUUCUGUGAGGUCCCUGCUGUCCUGAAGUUGGCCUGUGCAGACACAUCUUUUAAUGACAGGCUGGACUUCAUCUUGGGUUUCAUCCUGCUUUUGGUCCCACUCUCCCUCAUCCUGGCCUCUUACGUCCUCAUCUUUGCCUCCAUCUUCAGAGUCCGCUCAGCGCAGGGGAGGCUCAAGUCCUUCUCCACGUGUGCUUCACACGUCACUGUGGUUACCAUGUUCUAUGGGCCGGCCAUCAUCAUGUACAUGAGGCCCGGUUCUUGGUAUGACCCAGAGCGGGACAAGAAGCUAGCGCUGUUCUACAAUGUUGUCUCUGCCUUCUUCAAUCCCAUCAUCUACAGCCUCAGGAACAAGGAUGUAAAGGAGGCCUUUUUGAAAAUAUUCAGAGUCAGAAGGACAGCUUAAUGACUCAGGAUGUUUCAGAGUUGUCCAUAGUCAUACACAGACUGGAUGGGCUCAUUUGGUACCACACAGGUACCUCAGUUCUGACCAACCUGAGUCUCCCUGCAGCUGUGAGCAGCCAGAAGAGGGUAUGGCCAGCCCUAACCUGAAAGUCUAUCAUUGAUUGGAAAAUGUUCAGCUCCCAUCACCCAAAGACUCAGUUGAGUAUUGAAGGCAAAGGAUUUCUUUACAACGACUAUGUCCUUGUGGUUCGUGGCCAUUGCUUUUGUGCUUUUCCUGAGUUCUCUCCUUACCUCUGGAAGUUUAUGUCAGUUCUGCAUGAUGGCAGUCACAUGUUUAAUAUGCACACAUGCUCUUUCAGAGUGUGAAAAUGACACAAAGAGUCAUUUGGGGUAAAAAUUACAUAAAGAGCAGCAGAUUAUGCAGGGACACAGUCUUUCAUUACUGUCUUACAAACGCAAGUAAUAUUUAGCAUUGCUUUUUGCACUAGGUGCUUAUAAAAUCAGAGCUAGAAUUAUUUUAGACAUAUAUGUGUAACAAUAUGGCUAAUAACUAGUCUAGUCUGGUCUGGGCUCAGCUUGUAGAAUUGAUUCUUACCUGAUCAGUUUAAAAUUCACAUUUUCAAUCUCAUUUUUUUUUUGGGGCAAAAGAUUUGAAUAGACAUUUCUCAA